AUGCUAGACUCCGAUAGCCUUCAUCCAGCUCUUCAUCGCGCGAUCCAACGAGCUGAUCCAACGGUAGCCACGUCGCUCAAUCACGUUGACCACGUAGCGGCUCCUCUAUGCAUCGAUCCAGUUUGGCUUCCAUCCCAACCGUACUGCAAGCUGAGGGAUGGACAAUUAGCAUCACAAAAGCU